AGACAGUGGUUACGGAUAUGCUCCUUUACCAUCUACUUUGGCGGAUGUAUUAUUGUGUAUGCAAACACUCUCCCGCUCCCUGCCAUGUUGACUUAUUUGCUAUCGGAUUGUUUAAAGCUAAUAUCGUUUUUAGAGUUCAUUUGACUCAGGUAUAUUGAGCCUUUCAUUGCCCUUUUCUUCUCAUUUGCUUCUAACGGACACAACAGAUUCUCGGAUUGCUACUCUAUCCCUUCAAUAGACCACUUUAUUAUGCCUACAUUGCUAAAACAAAGGAGCACUUUGGUGUUCUUGUCACAACGAUAACACAGUGGUGGUCGCCAACCGUUAUUCGUGUUACCGGCGACAAGAGUGUUCGACAUCAGCUGAAAAGGACUCCUGGUGGUCGGCUCGAGUGCGAAUUUCCGGACCGCAUGGUGUUGAUCGCCAAUCAUCAGGUAAUUCUUUUGUUUCAUCAAUUUUUUUCCCCCUGGUUCUGUCCACAGUAUUCACCGACGUCUUUGGUUGCUGCAGCUCUAUUCCGACUGGUUGUACCUUUGGUGGAUCGCCUACACUGCUCGUAUGCACGGGUUUCUUUAUAUAAUCUUAAAGGAAUCCUUGAAAUAUGUUCCCGUCAUUGGACUCGGCAUGCGGUUCUUUGGAUUUAUUUUUCUCGCCCGGAAAUGGGAGCAAGACAAACCUAGAUUUGUUCAUCGCCUUUCAAAGCUGGCUGCUGGUGGGGGAGAGGAGCCCAUGUGGCUCCUUAUUUUCCCGGAGGGGACGAAUUUGAGCGACAACGGCAGAAAGACAAGUUCCAAAUAUGCCGAGAAGAUAGGUGUGAAGGAUUUGAAACAUUUGAUGCUUCCUAGAUCAACUGGCCUGAGGUUUUGCCUGGAGAACUUGGGGAGUAGCGUGGAAUGGGUGUAUGACUGCACUGUAGCUUAUGAGGGCGUACCGUGAGUUUUCUAACCUUUGCAUUUGUCCACCGGGAACUUACAAUAUGACAAAUAGUCGAGGAGAGUUUGGACAAGACUACUUCACCUUAAACUCAACCUAUUUCGAAGGCAGACCCCCCAAAUCGGUCAAUAUGCAUUGGAGGCGAUUCGCCGUUUCCUCGAUCCCUGUUUCAGAUGUAGCUGGAUUCGAGGCGUGGUUGGCUGAGCGAUGGCGAGAGAAAGAUGAUCUCCUGGAAUACUAUAUGGAGAAUGGGCAAUUCCCCGAGGACGAGGAUGAGAAGCAAGGUAACGGCAACGCCCAUGCAAUCAGAUCCGUGAAUGAGAAUAUAUCUGGAGCAAAACAUAGGGUAAAGGUUGGGGGGCAAGAAUGCAGGAUCACGACGAGUGGGGGAAGCACUGCCGCUGGAGUAUGGGGAGGCCCCAUUGAAACAGAAGUCAAGCUGAAAGGCUGGUGGGAAGUGUUUGAUAUGUUCAAAGUUCUUAUGUUUGUGCUCCCCUUGUCUUUCCUUUGCUGUUAGGUUCCCGUGGGGAUCUAUCGACCCACCAGAAGUUUUCGGCGGGACCAGGAAUAAAGUCUAUUUUCGAUGGACUAAUGCUACUGCUUCCCGGGCCCCUUUCCUCUCCCCCCCAUUUUCUUGUUGAAUGGCUGCUAAAAAAAACCCCCUUUACUUGCCUAGGACUAUUGCUUUAUGCGCCAAUAUAUUUUUCAACCUGUACACCAUUGCCCAACCAUUUGGCCAACGAUGAUCACCGCCCUCAUCGAACACCCUUUGGAGGCGGGCAAGAUGUAGAGAUCACACCUCAACUGCUAUAGGCGCGAGAAGUUUUCCAUUGUUUCCGAAUAAAGCCACGCAAGAUCUGUCGUCACUCGAGCUAUCAUCAUCCCGGCGUUUUAUUUAUAUCGUACUGUUUCUCUGGCGUUUCUUUGGAAAUUGGGUGAUACUUGUAUUUUAAUUUUAACUGUUUUUCUCUCAAGGAGGCAGAUUCCGGCACAGAGUCUCACCGGUUCAGCCAUCUUUUAUCUUAUUUUGUAUUCUCUUGCAGGUUAUUUUCAGCGGCUCGAAAAUUUAUUGCUGAAUAUUUUAAAAGUGGAAUAGUUAUCGCGUUCAAAAGAGAUGGAUGUACUACCGUACGAGAUUGGAGUUACCUCUCCCAGUAAAGCGCUGUGCAUAUUCCUUUUGUCUCGUCUCGACCGAGGGCUGGGUGAGAGGUGUUUUCCCCUUGGGUUGCCGGGAAUGGGAAUUCCAACGUCCAUCGCAUUCAUAGCACAUUGGGUUUUGCAAGUAUCAUGCCCGGAGAGACGUUUUCGUGUUGUGCAAGACGGGGACUAUUUAGGGGUUGCGCUAAACUAACUGUCUGCCACUCGGGCACGGAACGGGAAUCAUACCUUUUUGGUAGACACAUGUGCUGGGGAUUGCGGGUAGUCUACGAGUAGGUCUGGCGGACUCAUCCUGAUUGGUAUCAUAAUAUUAUGACAUCAUACAUCUUUCUUGGCAGGUUAGCGGGGUGAGAAAUGCCGCUUGGCAUUCCGCCGCACGUUUAACGGCCAUUAAUGAAUAAGUUAAUGCGAUGGGAGAGAUGAAUUACCA